CCUCUGUGCGCUCUACUGUUUGCAUUGUGUCUGAACUGCCGGUGAGCUUUAAAAAUAUUAUCCCCACCGCGGCAAUGUCGGGCAGGUCGGUCCGAGCGGAGACCCGGAGCAGGGCCAAAGAUGACAUCAAGAGGGUUAUGGCCGCUAUUGAGAAAGUACGAAAAUGGGAGAAGAAAUGGGUGACGGUUGGAGACACGUCCCUUCGCAUCUACAAGUGGGUGCCGGUGACGGAGCCAAAAUCAGACGACAAGAACAAAAAUAAGAAGAAAGGCAAAGAUGAUAAAUACGGCUCAGAGUUGACGACGCCAGAGAACAGCUCCUCUCCAGGGAUGAUGGACAUGCAUGAUGACAACAGCAACCAGAGCUCCAUCGCCGACUCGUCUCCAGUGAAACAGGAGAACAGCUGUAGCACCAGCCCCGCCCCGGAGUCUAACGCCGCAUCUCACCGUGACAACGGCGAGGCCAAGACCGACCAGAGCCCAGACAGCAAGAGAGGGAAGACCGUCGCCUCAUCAGAGACCUCAGAGAGAGCACAAAGUGCCAAGAGAGACAGUCUGUCCUCAGGGGAGAAGGAUUCCUCAGACAGCAAAGCCACUCAGGAUCUACAGGAGGAGUCCCCGCCCAGCAAGAAAAGCAAACUGGAGUCCUCAUCUCAGGACUUUGAGGAGAGCUAAAUGUUUUGGGCUGAGUCUUUCUCUCCUCCAUCUUCCUGUCUCCCUCCCUCUGUACCUCCUCCCAUUAACUCUAGAUGAUUUAGGGCUAAUGGACACACCGGCUCUCUACUUAUAGAUAUAUUUCUUUUUUUUUGUUUGUUUUCCUUCUCUCCAAAACCGAAGGGAGAACGGACGUCUCCCUUUCCUGGUCGCCACUUUUACCCAAACACUCCUCCUGCCACCGAGGGAGAAUGGAUAUUACCUCUGUUCACUGGUCCCCUCCGUGCUUCCUUCCAGUCCUCCGCAUUGUUUCUGUUUGCCAAGCGAAGCGCCAAACCCAAGCUUCGAUCCCGUUUGGGACCAGACGGGGGAAGGGGGCGGCGCCGGCAGCUCAGCUCAGCCCACAACACGAACCCCAACCUGCUUCUGUGACUAGAAGAGUUGCGAGAAUAGAACGAGGCCGAUCGCAGACGCUGCUCUGAGAUCUUUUAUUUCACUGCGAACGGUUUAGCUCAGGGGGCUAACCUGAUCUCAGAUCAGUGGCUGUGGGGGGGAGGGCACGUCUCUUUAAUCCUCCCGAUUCGCCGCCUCCUCUUAGACUAAUGUUCUCUUUUGUUUAGGAAAUGUUUAAUUAUUAUUAUUUUUUAGCUUUUUUCUCCCUCAGGAGGGUCAAUGCACUGUUAUGGUUAUGUCACAAUCGAUCACAGAUAGAUUUGCUGCUGUAGUGGAAGUCUUUUAUCUCUAUCCAUGAAAAAGUUCUCCAUGUUUCUGUUUCCUAAAGUGAAUUAGCUGGCGGUUUGUAGAGUGAGAAGGCGACGGUACACGCUGAGAUCAGCUGGGAGAAGGAACGAGUGUGUCCUGGAGGUGUGUGCCUUGAGUUGUUACGACUUCCACAAGUUUUAGUUCAAGCAGGUUUGGACUUCAGUUUUGGUGCCAUGUUCUGUUUUUUUUGCCUUAUAACUGUCACUAAUUAGUUUUUUUUUUCAAAUUAUUUAUAUUUACCUCCACCUUAUUAGGAUGUUUGUUUUUUUUUGUUUUUUUUAAGGAAAUAUUUGGGAGAUAUUAGCUUCCUUGUUGCGAGUCAAAUAUUAAUGUGAUAGAGAGCGACACUGUGGAGGUUUUUAUAACACAAUACAUGCAUAAACAGGCAGUUUUACCUGUUAGAUUAAUUUGGGGGAUUCAGGAUUAAUGCAAAGUAGCAGCAAGGAAGCGCCUGACUCUUAUAAACACAUUAAGAUUAGAUUGAACACUACCCACAAGUUGAUCAUGUUCUUUCUUUGAAGCUCCUGCAAACUCUUCAGGAUCUUAUCACUGUUUUUACUUCUUUUUUUCCUUCCCACGUUACGACCACUCGCCUUUAAUCACCUUCUAUCUCUGCGUCACUACUUCUCUAUGACCCACUUAUGCUGGUGUCACUCGCCACUUAAAGAACUUAAAGAUAAAAUGUAAGGGUCGAGUUUUUUUUUUCCGCUCUAAUCCUCCUUCAAGGUGCUGUCUGUGGGCUGAAUCCAUACUCGCGUGGCAUCGCUCCUGACUGUGUGCUGAUCAGUGCAGUUUACUUGAACUUUAAAGUACGGAUUCAGACCUACGACCUCUCAUUUAAAAAAAAAAAAAACCUCACUCAUGUUAGAUUUACUUUCUUUAAUCACUCCUGGAUGAAUUGAGAUCAACUGAAUCGCUGAGAACCAGGACAGCGCGGGGCUACGCAUCACAACCCAGAAUCAGAUUUCAGCCAAUCAGCAUUCACACGGAUGGAGAGGAAAGAAUGAGAGCGUCGUCUGUUCAGAGGGUGGAUUAGCAUAUACCUCAUUCCCAGUCCAGCAGAGCUGGAACUUAAAAUGCUAUUGUAUUGACAUCGACAGUUAGAAACAGCAUUAUUUACGCUCGGUUUGUUUGUAGAAAAAAAAA